AUGGAAACGCCGGUGGCAGAGGCCGACGGGGUGCUCCUGCACCUCUCCGGCAAGAGCACAACUGGGUACGCGGGUGUGUCCAAACUCGCCACGGGCCGCUUCAGAGCGCAGCACUACGUGGGCGGAAAGCAGGUCCGCCUGGGCCACUUCGGCACGGCGGUGCAAGCGGCGGUGGCGUACGCGCGGGCGGUAGGGCAUGCGCGAGGGCUGGGGGGACAGGUUUCGGACCCGGCGAUGGCGGCGCAGACAGCAGCAGACGCGGAACGAGCGGCAGAGGUGGUGCCAGAGGCGGAGGGCCUGCGCCUGCACCUCUCCAGCAACGGCACCGGCUAUAAGGGCGUGAGCAGACAAUAUGACAGAAAAUUCCAGGCAGCCUGGACUUUCGACGGAACGCCCCAAUACCUCGGCAGCUUUGACACGGCAGUCGAGGCGGCAGUGGCCUACGCACGUGCUUUCGGGGAGGCUUCGGCGGUGGUGGCGGACUUCGAGGGGCUGCGCCUGCACCUCUCCAGCAGCAACCGCACGGGCUACAAGAACGUGUACCAGCAGUCUGCUAGCCGCUUCCAGGCGUUCAACAAAGUGGACGGGAGGCGGCUCUGUCUCGGCACCUUCGACACGGCGGUGGAGGCGGCGGCGGCCUACGCGCGGGCGGUCGAGGUCCGUACGAUGGAGGCAUUGCUCGAUCAAGACAGCGGCCUCGUGCAGAUCGCCGCCGCCGACGCAGCGAUGCAGCGCGUCGCGGCGCUCGCCGCUGAGAACGACGCCCUGCGAGCGCGCAACACCGAGCUGCUGCAGGAGGCGCUCGCGCUCUCCGAGAGGAACGCCGACCUCGAGCUCGCGGUCGGAAGCCCGGCCGCCGAGGGCGAGGGCGCCGAGGGCACGACGCGCGCCGAGUGGGUCGAGAUGCAGGCGCGGCUGCAGCUCCUCGUCGCAGAGCACUCGGAGCUCGAGGCGGCGGCCGCCGCGGCGAGGCGAGAGCGCGACCAGGCGAGCUCGGAGCGCGCGGCGGCCGAGGCCUCCCUCGCCGACGCGAUCGGCGCGGCGCAGCGGGCGCGCGCGUCCGAGGCGGCGGCGGUGCAGGCCAUCGCCGAGGCGUGCGCGCGGGCGGCCGAGGCGGAGGACGCCGCUGCGACGGCGGCGGCGGCGGCGGCGGCCGAGGCGGCGCGGCUCGAGGCGGCUCGGCGGGAGCUCGCGGCGUCGCGUGCCGAGACGGCGGCGGCGGCGGCGGGGACGGCCGAGCUGCAGCGGGAGGCUGACGCGCUGCGCACCGCCGCCGCCGCCGCGGCGCGCGAGGCGGAGUACAGCGUUUCGCUGGCGGAGGAGCGGGCAGCGGAGCGAGGGCGCGCGGCGCAGGCGCUCGAGCGGCAGCUGCGCGAGGCGCAGAGCUCCGUGGCGGAGCUGGAGGAGACGGCGGGCUUGCGCGGCGCCGAGCUCGAGCAGGUGAACGCCCAGCUCGUCGCGGCCGGGGCGGAGGGGAGGCGGCUCGACUCUCUGGCGGGGCUGGCGAGGCGCGAGGCGGAGGCGGCGGACGCGGCGCGCCACGAGGCGGAGGCGCGGGCGGCCGAGGUUGGCGCGAAGCUGGAGGGCGCCACCAAGCUCCUGCAGCGGCAGGCCGCCUCCUCCAAGGCGGCGGCCGAGGCGGCUGCGCGGCAGCACGCGGCAGAGCUAGCGGCCGAGCGGGAGAGCGCGGCCGAGGUGGAGCGGGCGGCUGCCGCGGCGAGCGACGCGCUGGCGACGCAGCUCGAGUCGACGCGCGCGCUGCUCGAGCGGGAGAGGCGCGAGCGGUGCGACGUGCAGGCCGAGGCGGACGCGUUGCGCGCGGCGGCGGCCGCCCGCGCCGCCGAGGCUGGCGAGCGGUCCGUGGCGGGCGACGUGACUCUGCGCGCCGAGCUCGGCCGCGCAAAGGCGAGGGGAGGGGUCGGGAGGUGGGGCCUCGCGACACCGGCGACGGAGCGAGAGGCCAUCGGCCGGCGGAGGGACGUGGCGGCGGCGGAGGCGCAGCGGGACGCGGUGCGGGCCGAGGCGGCGGCCAAGGGGCGGGCGGCGGACGCGGCCCUCAAGGAGGUGGAGCAGGCGACGCAGCGGCUGCGGGUGGAGCGGCAAGCCGUCGAGCGCUGGGCGAGCGAGGAGAUAGCUCGGCUCGGGCAGCAGAAGGAGUCGGUCGAGAGCGCGCUGCAGGAGUCGGUGCAGGCGGCGGGCGCGCUGCAGGAGCUGCUCGCGCAGCAGCACUCCCUCACCGAGGCGUACCGCGAGCACGCGAUGGUCUGCACGCAGCAGCUGCAGGAGGCGGCUGCAGUCGGCCCGCCCCGCCCCGCCGAGCGGUCGCGAGACGCCGCCGAGCAGAGGCUGCUCGCCGCGUCGCUCGUGGUGGCGUGA